AUGGAAACAUUACAAAAUGCAGAUACUAUAAUAAUAGUGGGUGAUGGUAAAAAUAUUUAUGCUAAUUCUCAAAUACUUAAGCAAAAAUCUCAAUAUUUUAACAGUGUUUUAUCUGAAUCGUGGGCCCGUAAAAAAAAUGAUUUCUAUAUUAUUAAGAAACCAAAUGCAAAAAAAGAGAGUAUGAAUAAUGUACUACAAUAUCUUUAUUUCAGAAAACCAUAUAACUCACAGGGAGUUAAAAAAUUUAUAAACACAUUUUCAUUAGCUGAUGAAAUGUAUAUAAGUGAUGCGUAUCUUGUUAUGUUAAGACAAUAUUUUGACACAAAAAUAGAAAUAUUAUUAAAAAAUGAUUUGCUAUUAAUUCUUGGCUUUAUUGAAAACUAUAAUAAUAUGCAAGAAACAGUAGUAAAAACAAUAUUGAAUAAACCUAAACUAUUUUUUUCAGCUGACAAAUUUCAAAAUAUACCUAUUCAACAUUUAAAAUUGGUUAUAUCAAAGAAUAACUUAAAUCUUAAAGAACUUCAAAUCCUCAAUAAAGUAAUUUUAUGGUUAUAUAACAAUCAGGAUGAAUGCAAUGAAAUAUUAAAAUAUGUACGCUUCGAUCAAAUAACCUAUGAAGAAUUAAGUGGAUUCAAUUGUGAUAAUAAAGGUGCUACAAUCGUGAUUAGAAAGUUAAAGAAUGAAGGUAGUUUUAUUGGAGGUUAUAACCCUUUAGAUUGGUCAAUAGAUGAUUAUUAUUAUAAUGUUAGUGAUGGUAGAGUUAAAUCCUUUUCAGAUACAAUUUACUGUAAAAAAAAUUAUGGCUCUUCAUUUGGUAGAUCUGAAUUAUUCAUUCAAAACAACCAAAAUUGCUGGUCUUAUGAACAUUAUCAUUAUUAUGAAAGUAUUGGACUUAAGAAAGGCAUAUAUGAACUCGAUCUCUUCGAAGCAUUCCAGAUCAACAGCGAUGGCGGCCUCCGUGCUAAGACCAAAACUCUCGAUAAAAAACCUACAGACGUCUCUCAAUUGCCGGAGUGGAAUUUUGAUGGUUCUUCUACCAAUCAAGCCCCUGGUGAUAACUCUGAUGUUUUGCUUCGUCCUGUUGCUAUCUUUAAGGAUCCUUUCAGGGGUGGAGAUAAUAUCUUAGUUCUUAAUAAAUGUUAUAAUAAUGAUAGAACACCUAAUACAACGAAUUACUGUCACUCUUGUGCUAAAAUUAUGAAAACUUAUACCGAUGCUCAUCCUUGGUUUGGUAUUAAACAAGAAUAUACCCUUUUUGAUAUGGAAAACAAUGUUCUUAGCUGGCCUAAAGGUGGUUUUCCUGGUCCUCAGGGUCCUUAUUACUGUUUUGUCAGUACUAACGUAGCUUUUGGACAUGAUAUUGUUGAAGCCCACUAUCGUGCCUGUCUUUAUGCUGGACAAUGUGAAUUUAAAGUUGGUCCUUGUGAAGGAAUCGAUAUGGGUAACUGGAAUGGAGCAGGUUGUUAUACGAAUUUUUUAACACAAGCAAUGAGUGAAGAAGGUGGAAUAAAAGCAAUUUAUAAAGCUAUUGACAAAAUGUCAAAAAUACAUGCUAAACAUAUAGCUGUUUAUGGUGAAGGUAACGAUCAGCAUCUAACAGGUCAUCAUGAGACUGGUCAUAUAUCUCAAUUCUUCUUUGGGGUUGCAAAUCGCAGUGCUUCAAUUUGUAUACCAUGUCAUGUUGCUGUUGAAGAAAAAGGAUACCUGGAAGAUAGACGUCCUGCUUCAAAUAUUGAUCUGUAUUGUGUCACGCAUAUUAUAGUUGAAUUUACCCUUCCGAAAUCAAAUAAUGG